AUGCCAGCCUUGAAACGCAAAGCCGCUCCAACUGAAAGCGACGGCAUAACCCUUAAUAAAGACAAAUGUGAAGAGGUAGACGUGGCAGAAGAGGCGGCCGCAUCUCCCUCGGCCGUAAAGCGUCGCAAGGUCGAUGAGCACAAAGUCAAGCUCGACUACGCCGAUCUCAGUCGCUUUCAGGAGUCGCGCAUUGCAGAAGAACACGGCAUCGUCGAGCGCAACUUCUAUCCACCUGUCAUGAGCUUGAAACGCGCGAAAAAGUACGCGACUGGCGAGAUCGAGAAGCCCUUUACGACGUUAAAGAAAGCCUUGGCCGAAACGAAACAGCAAAGAGAUGUGAUUGAGAUUGGCGAUGCUGUGAUACAUUGGUUCAGGAUGGACAUGCGUCUCGGGGACAACAAAGCACUUUCCCUCGCAGCAGAAAAGGCAAAAAGCAAAGGAGUGCCGUUGAUUUGUAUCUACAUUCUUUCGCCGCAGGACUUCAGAGCGCACUUUACGGCGCCGGUAAGAGUGGACUUCCUGCUGAGGAAUUUGGAAGUGGUACAGCGAGACUUGGCCUUGCUGGAUAUUCCGCUGUAUAUGGAGACAGUGGACAAGAGAAAGCGCAUCCCAGCACGUUUGGUCGAGUUGUGCAAGGAAUGGGAAGUGAAGCACGUGUUCGCCAAUAUGGAAUAUGAAGUCGAUGAGCUGCGCCGCGACGCUACUAUAGUGCGAGAGUGUGCAGCAGCUGGAAUUGCUUUCGAUGUCCUGCACGACGGCUGUAUCGUAGAACCUGGGAUGCUAACGACUAACGCUGGAGGACAAAUAUCUGUCUACUCACCAUGGUACAGAAAAUGGUGCAAAUACAUUGCCGACCAUCCAGAUACUCUCAAGGAAUAUUCAAGACCCGAACAAAAUCCACCUGAAGCACGGCAGAAAUACAAAGCGCUCUUCGACGUACCCAUCCCUCCGGUCCCAGAAGACAGACAACUAACCGACGAAGAAAAGGAACGCUUCCACGGCCUCUGGCCCGUCGGUGAAGACGAAGCAAUGGCCCGCCUAAACAAAUUCAUCAAAGAACGCAUCAAAGUCUACCACACGAACCGCAACCUCCCAGCAGGAAACCACACCUCGGCAAUCAGCCCUCACCUCACAGCCGGCACCCUCGCCGCACGAACAUGCGUCCGCGAAAGCCUCAAAGCAAUCAACAAGACAGUCCCAACCGACGACCGCGAAAAUGGUUCCAUGAAAUGGAUCGGAGAAGUCGCCUGGCGAGACUUUUACCGGCACGUCCUCUGUGCAUGGCCGUAUAUCUGCAUGAACGUCCCUUUCAAGCCCGAGUACAAUAACAUCGAAUGGGAAUAUAACGAAGAGCAGUUCACGGCCUGGAAAGAAGGCAAGACCGGGUAUCCCAUCAUCGACGCCGCGAUGCGCCAGGUCAAACACAUGGCCUACAUGCACAACCGUGUACGAAUGAACACCGCCUCCUUCCUCGCAAAACACCUCAUGAUCGACUGGCGCAUGGGCGAGCGCUACUUCAUGGAAAACCUCAUCGAUGGUGACUUCGCAUCCAAUAACGGCGGAUGGGGGUUCUGUGCAUCUUGCGGUGUCGAUCCGCAGCCAUAUUUCCGCAUUUUCAAUCCUCUGCUGCAGAGUGAGAAGUUUGACGAGAGUGGUGAGUAUAUUAGGAAGUGGGUGCCGGAAUUGAAAGAUGUUAAGGGGAAAGCGAUACAUGAUCCUUAUAGUCGUGGGGCGGGUGCUAUUGCGAGUAAGAACGGGUAUCCGAAACCGAUUGUGAAUCAUAAGGAGAGUCGGGAGAGGUGUUUGGCGAGGUAUAAGGCCGGGAUUGGGAGGGCUACGGCGUGA